AUGUUUCAACACUCGGUACCGAGUGAAGUUAUUUUCCAUGUGGCUGAAUUUCUCGACUCGUUGCGUGAUAUUGCUCAUUUACUAUUACUUCUCACCACUGAAUAUUCUACUUAUUUUUCCUUUCAUGAUGGAAAAGAAUUAGUAGAACAGAAAAGCAAUAUACAAUUCUAUUGGAAAACCCUACUAGCCAAUGUAUUGAUGGCUCACAUUGAACAAUUUGUUACAAGAGUUCGAUCGGAGAAUGAUUUGAAAAAGAUUAAAGAAAUUAAAAAGAAAGGCUUGGCAAAUUAUCAUCAAUGUUCUGAAAUUGUUCUCAAGUCGAGUGUGAGGAAAAGAUUCCGAUCGCUCGAGUUGAAAAUUGGGGAAAUGAUGGAACGAUAUUAUGUUAGAAUUUUGAAUGAACAAUUUGGAAUAGAAUCAAAGUUUGAUAUUUUGGAGUGUGUAGAAUUGCUGACGAGGAAACGAUCUAGGCAAUUUUACUCUAAUUUCUUUGGGGCAAUUGUGAAGAAUGAUAAUCAUGAGGAGUUUUUGAGUUCUUUGAAAGCUCUUAUUAGAAGAGAAGCAUUGAAAUGUUAUGAAAAGAAUAUGUUGAAAAAAUUGAUCAAUUCUACACAAUUGGAGAGUAUUACCAAUUCAAAUUCUGAAAUUAUUACUGAUAUUUUACGUGAUGGGAUUGAAUUAUCACCCGAGUAUGCUGUUAUCUUGCCAGAUAUCAUCAAGAUUUUGAAAAUUAAUUUAUCUAUUCUGCAAGUGGCAAAAUUAUUCACACACCUAAUUGGAUCUGAUUUGUUAGAAACUUUUAUUAUGGGAAAUGAUUUUGAAACGAUGAGUAAUGAAUGCAUUUGA